UGACGAUCAGGGCUUGUUCACUUCAGGACUAGUUUCUGCAAAUUCUCAAGAUACCCAGGAUUAGAACUUUACAAACUUUUCUGGUUCAGUCCAAUGCUUAAAAGAUGCUGAGACAGAUCCUGGAGAACAUGAUUCUGUGUGUGAGUUGCCAACAGAAUUUGUAGAGACUGUUAGACCAAGGCCUCAAGGGUCUUCACCGGUAUAUGACUACUCACUGACAGAAGAAUACAAGGACAAAAACGUGCUGAAGGAAAUACCAGCUGAGGCAUCUAACAUUACAGACCAUAAGCAAGGAUUAGAAAAUUUGUCAAAGAAACAAUUUCCUGCAAACAUGAGUAACAAAGUGGAAGAAAAGCGAGAGGAUGUUGUGGAAGUGGUUGUGAACACAGAUGUCGAAAAAGGUGCCAGUGGCUUCAGUGUUAAAGGUGGAGAAAAGGAUGGGAUAUUUAUUAAACAUGUUCUGAAGGAGUCUCCUGCUGCAAAACGUCUAAGCAUGAGAGAAGGUGAUCAACUUAUCAGUGCUACAAUUUAUUUUGAUAAUGUCAAAUAUGAAGAUGCACUCAAGAUUUUGCAGUAUUCAGAACCGUACAAAAUGCAAUACUGCCUGAAACGAACAAUACCUGGCACUGUUGAAUCUAAGGCAGUUGAAGGAAAAGAAAUGAAGCCUAAUGCGGGAGCUGAGGAAGACUUCUUUAUGAAACUUUAUGGAAGCAAAUCAAAAACAAGAGGUACUUUUGAAGAAUUUCAUGCAGAAGGACCACAAGUUCAAGAAACCAUUCAGAAGGGGAAAACAAAGAAGGCUGAUGUACCCGAUGUCACCUUUUCCUGCCCCAAGUUUUCAGCUUUCAAAAAGUCAAAGACACAUAAACUAGACAGGUCUCACAGCUUAUCAGAACCAGAAGAACGUGAUCAGCAUGAUGUAACUGCAACAUGCACAGAUAUCGAAUCCCAUUUAAAAGCAGUAGAAAACCAGCAAAAAGUGAAAAAACGAAGAAGAAAAAUAAAACUACCACACAUUGGUACAAGAAAUAUAAACACAGAGAAAAAAGAAGCUUCUAAAGAUGAAAAGCAAGAAAUUUUGAUUGGAAUGAAGGAUUCCAUUGCUGUGGAAUGUGACAAAUUGCAAACAAAUGCAGAUGGUACACAACAAAAAACAAAUGACACCAUAAUAAUAACCACAAAUCAAAGUAAAGAAAUGCUGGAUAAUCAGAGUGAACAAAUGGAUUGGGACAAUAUAAACAGUGAAUCCAAAACUAAAAUGCCUAAAGUCAAAAUAGCUAAAUUUAUACUUCCAGAACCAAUUCUUACAACACAAGACGCUGCAAACAAAUUACUAGAGGAAAGAACUCAAUCAAUGCCACAGCAUUUAUCACAAAAAGAAUUGAGCAUUACAGAUGUAAUGGUUGAUGUUAUUUCACCAUUCCCAAAGGAGCAUCAUGCAAGCAGCAGCAAGCAAGUUAUUGACAUUUCAAUGGAAACAUUUGAAACACAAAACAAAAAACCCAAGAUUGAGAAGCAAGAGAAAAUUAAACAACACAAAAUGAAGGAAACCAAAAUUAAAACCAGUGGAACUGACUCCAAGUCUUCUACAAUUGCAAUUGAUGUCAGUCUAAUGAAAGUUGACGUUUCCCAACACAGCACUGAUCUUGCUGGGACAACAACAGAAAUAAAAAGGGUGCCAAGCCAGGUGGAUAUUGAGCAAGAGAGUGGACCAAAUGAGCAGCAAACCAUUUUUCCAAAAGUGGAUAGCAGAACGAAGAAACAUGACAGGGAAAUUUCAGUGAAAAAUUAUCAAGGUGACAUCAGGAACACAGAGUCGAUGACAGCAGGUCCAGAAACUGUUAAAAAUCCUGAGAAGUCACAAGAAAUUCCAACGAAACAAAUAAAAAAAGAGGGUAAAACAGAAAUAUCGCAAAACAAAAGACAGAAACCUGAAUUUUGCCCAUAUGAACACGUGGAUACAAAAAUUAACAUUGAGGCCAAACUGUCUGAUCUUUCUGAGGCACCAGAAAUGGAAACUUCUGGCCCUGAUAUAAAAGCUCCAAACAUGAGCCCUGAUGUCAGCCUUCCCAAAGUUGGCAUUUCCCUCCAAAAAGCUGAUGUAGAUGUGAAAUUACCGGAAGCAGAUGGAAAGCCAGGCAAGUUGGAAACUGGUCUGGGUGCUGGUGGCAUAAAUGUGGAGGCACCGGAAGCAAGGCUUACAAUGCCCAAGAUUGAAAAGCCAUCAGUAGACGUUACACUUCCAACGCUGGAAGGUAAACUUGAUGUUGACGCAGGAGUGCAGAAGCCUCAUCUUGAUGUUUCAACACCAGAACUGUCAGUGGACCUCAAGGUUCCAAGUGCUGAGAUACAAGCACCAGCAAUUGAUGUGGAUAUUGACUCAGCCGAACUCAAGAUGAAAAGCCAUGGCAGUAAGUUCAAGUUGCCAUCCAUGAAAAUGCCUUCAUUUGGAGUUUCUCUUUCCAAAUUCAAAGGUCCAGAUGUGGAUGCAGACCUGAAGAAGCCAGACGUAGACGUUUCACUGAGAAAGCCUGGACUGGAUAUUGAGUGCAAAAUGUCUGAUGUUGUUGCUCAAGAGUGUGAUGUUGAUGAAGACAUACCAGAAAUGGAUAUUGAAGUAAAAGGAGGGAAGAUUAAACUUCCAAAAUUUAAAGGCCCAAAAUUUGGACUUUCUGCACCUGAUAUAAAAGCUCCAAAAAUGAGCCUCGAUGUCAGGGUGCCCGAAGCUGACAUUUCAUUCCCAAAAGCUGAUUCAGAUGUCAAAUUACAGGAAGCAGAUGGAAAGCCAGGCAAGUUAAAAGCUGAUCUGGGUGCCGGAAGCAUAAAUGUGGAGGGUCCGGAAGCAAGUCUUAAAAUGCCCAAGAUUGAAAAGCCAUCAGUAGACAUUACACUUCCAAAGCUGGAAGGUAAACUUGAUGUUGACGCAGGAGUGCAGAAGCCUCAUCUUGAUGUUUCAGCGCCAGAACUGUCAGUGGACCUCAAGGCUCCAAGUGCUGAGAUACAAGCACCAGCAAUUGAUGUGGAUAUUGACUCAGCCGAACUCGAGACGAAAAACCAUGGCAGUAAGUUCAAAAUGCCGUCCAUGAAAAUGCCAUCAUUUGGAGUUUCUCUUCCCAAAUUCAAAGGUCCAGAUGUGGAUGCACACCUAAAGAAGCCAGAUGUAGACAUUUCACUGACAAAGCCUGAACUGGAUAUUGAUGGCAAAAUGUCUGAUGUUGUUGCUGCAGAGUGUGAUGUUCAUGUAGACAUACCAGAAAUGGAUAUUGAAGGAAAAGGAGAGAAAAUUAAACUUCCAAAAUUUAAAGGCCCAAAAUUUGGAAUUUCUGCACCUGCUAUAAAAGCCCCAAAAAUGAGCCUCGAUGUCAGGCUGCCCGAAGCUGACAUUUCAUUCCCAAAAGCUGAUGCAGAUGUCAAAUUACCAGAAGCAGAUAUAAAAAAAGGCAAGUUGGAAACUGGUCUGGUUGCUGGUGGCAUUAAUGUGGAGGGACCGGAAGCAAGUCUUACAAUGCCCAAGAUUGAAAAGCCAUCAGUAGACGUUACACUUCCAAAGCUGGAAGGUAAACUUGAUGUUGACGCAGGAGUGCAGAAGCCUCAUCUUGAUGUUUCAGCACCAGAACUGUCAGUGGACCUCAAGGCUCCAACUGCUGAGAGACAAGCACCAGAAAUUGAUGUGGAUGUUGAUUCAGCCAACGUCAACAUCAAAACCCAUGGCAGUAAGUUCAAAAUGCGGUCCAUGAAAAUGCCUUCAUUUGGAGUUCCUCUUCCCAAAUUCAAAGGUCCAGAUGUGGAGGCGGACCUAAAGAAGCCAGACGUAGACGUUUCACUGACAAAGCCUGAAUUUGAUAUCAAGGGCAAAAUCCCUGAUGUUGGUGCUCCAGAGUGUGAUUUUGAUGUAGACAUACCAGAGUUGGAUAUUGAAGGAAAAGGAGGGAAAAGUAAACUUCCAAAAUUUAAAGGCCCAAAAUUUGGAAUUUCUGCACCUGAUAUAAAAGCCCCAAAAAUGAGCCUUGAUGUCAGCCUGCCCAAAGUUGACAUUUCCCUCCCAAAAGCUGAUGUAGAUGUGAAAUUACCAGAGGCAGAUAUAAAACAAGGCAAGUUGGAAGCUGGUCUGGGUGCUGGUGGCAUAAAUGUGGAGGCACCGGAAGCAAGUCUUACAAUGCCCAAGAUUGAAAAGCCAUCAGUAGACGUUACACUUCCAAAGCUGGAAGGUAAACUUGAUGUUGACGCAGGAGUUCAGAAGCCUCAUCUUGAUGUUUCAGCACCAGAACUGUCAGUGGACCUCAAGGCUCCAAGUGCUGAGAUACAAGCACCAGCAAUUGAUGUGGAUAUUGAUUCAGCCGACCUCAAGAUCAAAACCCAUGGCAGUAAGUUCAAGUUGCCAUCCAUGAAAAUGCCUUCAUUUGGAGUUUCUCUUCCCAAAUUCAAAGGUCCAGAUAUGGAGGCGGACCUAAAGAAGCCAGACGUAGACGUUUCACUGACAAAGCCUGAAUUUGAUAUCAAGGGCAAAAUCCCUGAUGUUGGUGCUCCAGAGUGUGAUGUUGAUGUAGACAUACCAGAGUUGGAUAUUGAAGGAAAAGGAGGGAAAAGUAAACUUCCAAAAUUUAAAGGCCCAAAAUUUGGAAUUUCUGCACCUGAUAUAAAAGCCCCAAAAAUGAGCCUUGAUGUCAGCCUGCCCAAAGUUGACAUUUCCCUCCCAAAAGCUGAUGUAGAUGUGAAAUUACCAGAGGCAGAUAUAAAACAAGGCAAGUUGGAAGCUGGUCUGGGUGCUGGUGGCAUAAAUGUGGAGGCACCGGAAGCAAGUCUUACAAUGCCCAAGAUUGAAAAGCCAUCAGUGGACGUUACACUUCCAAAGCUGGAAGGUAAACUUGAUGUUGACGCAGGAGUUCAGAAGCCUCAUCUUGAUGUUUCAGCACCAGAACUGUCAGUGGACCUCAAGGCUCCAAGUGCUGAGAUACAAGCACCAGCAAUUGAUGUGGAUAUUGAUUCAGCCGACCUCAAGAUGAAAACCCAUGGCAGUAAGUUCAAGUUGCCAUCCAUGAAAAUGCCUUCAUUUGGAGUUUCUCUUCCCAAAUUCAAAGGUCCAGAUGUGGAGGCGGACCUAAAGAAGCCAGACGUAGACGUUUCACUGACAAAGCCUGAAUUUGAUAUCAAGGGCAAAAUCCCUGAUGUUGGUGCUCCAGAGUGUGAUGUUGAUGUAGACAUACCAGAGUUGGAUAUUGAAGGAAAAGGAGGGAAAAGUAAACUUCCAAAAUUUAAAGGCCCAAAAUUUGGAAUUUCUGCACCUGAUAUAAAAGCCCCAAAAAUGAGCCUUGAUGUCAGCCUGCCCAAAGUUGACAUUUCCCUCCCAAAAGCUGAUGUAGAUGUGAAAUUACCAGAGGCAGAUAUAAAACAAGGCAAGUUGGAAGCUGGUCUGGGUGCUGGUGGCAUAAAUGUGGAGGCACCGGAAGCAAGUCUUACAAUGCCCAAGAUUGAAAAGCCAUCAGUAGACGUUACACUUCCAAAGCUGGAAGGUAAACUUGAUGUUGACGCAGGAGUUCAGAAGCCUCAUCUUGAUGUUUCAGCACCAGAACUGUCAGUGGACCUCAAGGCUCCAAGUGCUGAGAUACAAGCACCAGCAAUUGAUGUGGAUAUUGAUUCAGCCGACCUCAAGAUCAAAACCCAUGGCAGUAAGUUCAAGUUGCCAUCCAUGAAAAUGCCUUCAUUUGGAGUUUCUCUUCCCAAAUUCAAAGGUCCAGAUAUGGAGGCGGACCUAAAGAAGCCAGACGUAGACGUUUCACUGACAAAGCCUGAAUUUGAUAUCAAGGGCAAAAUCCCUGAUGUUGGUGCUCCAGAGUGUGAUGUUGAUGUAGACAUACCAGAGUUGGAUAUUGAAGGAAAAGGAGGGAAAAGUAAACUUCCAAAAUUUAAAGGCCCAAAAUUUGGAAUUUCUGCACCUGAUAUAAAAGCCCCAAAAAUGAGCCUUGAUGUCAGCCUGCCCAAAGUUGACAUUUCCCUCCCAAAAGCUGAUGUAGAUGUGAAAUUACCAGAGGCAGAUAUAAAACAAGGCAAGUUGGAAGCUGGUCUGGGUGCUGGUGGCAUAAAUGUGGAGGCACCGGAAGCAAGUCUUACAAUGCCCAAGAUUGAAAAGCCAUCAGUAGACGUUACACUUCCAAAGCUGGAAGGUAAACUUGAUGUUGACGCAGGACUUCAGAAGCCUCAUCUUGAUGUUUCAGCACCAGAACUGUCAGUGGACCUCAAGGCUCCAAGUGCUGAGAGACAAGCACCAGCAAUUGAUGUGGAUAUUGAUAUAGCCGACCUCAAGAUGAAAACCCAUGGCAGUAAGUUCAAGUUGCCAUCCAUGAAAAUGUCUUCAUUUGGAGUUUCUCUUCCCAAAUUCAAAGGUCCAGAUGUGGAGGCGGACCUAAAGAAGUCAGACGUAGACGUUUCACUGACAAAGCCUGAAUUUGAUAUCAAGGGCAAAAUCCCUGAUGUUGGUGCUCCAAAGUGUGAUGUUGAUGUAGACAUACCAGAGUUGGAUAUUGAAGGAAAAGGAGGGAAAAGUAAACUUCCAAAAUUUAAAGGCCCAAAAUUUGGAAUUUCUGCACCUGAUAUAAAAGCCCCAAAAAUGAGCCUUGAUGUCAGCCGGCCCAAAGUUGACAUUUCCCUCCCAAAAGCUGAUGUAGAUGUGAAAUUACCAGAGGCAGUUAUAAAACAAGGCAAGUUGGAAGCUGGUCUGGGUGCUGGUGGCAUAAAUGUGGAGGCACCGGAAGCAAGUCUUACAAUGCCCAAGAUUGAAAAGCCAUCAGUAGACGUUACACUUCCAAAGCUGGAAGGUAAACUUGAUGUUGACGCAGGAGUUCAGAAGCCUCAUCUUGAUGUUUCAGCACCAGAACUGUCAGUGGACCUCAAGGCUCGAAGUGCUGAGAUACAAGCACCAGCAAUUGAUGUGGAUAUUGAUUCAGCCGACCUCAAGAUGAAAACCCAUGGCAGUAAGUUCAAGUUGCCAUCCAUGAAAAUGCCUUCAUUUGGAGUUUCUCUUCCCAAAUUCAAAGGUCCAGAUGUGGAGGCGGACCUAAAGAAGCCAGACGUAGACGUUUCACUGACAAAGCCUGAAUUUGAUAUCAAGGGCAAAAUCCCUGAUGUUGGUGCUCCAGAGUGUGAUGUUGAUGUAGAUCUACCAGAGGUUGAUAUUGAAGGAAAAGGAGGGAAAAGUAAACAUCCAAAAUUUAAAGGUCCAAAAUUUGGAAUUUCUGCACCUGAUAUAAAAGCCCCAAAAAUGAGCCUUGAUGUCAGCCUGCCCAAAGUUGACAUUUCCCUCCCAAAAGCUGAUGUAGAUGUGAAAUUACCAGAGGCAGAUAUAAAACAAGGCAAGUUGGAAGCUGGUCUGGGUGCUGGUGGCAUAAAUGUGGAGGCACCGGAAGCAAGUCUUACAAUGCCCAAGAUUGAAAAGCCAUCAGUAGACGUUACACUUCCAAAGCUGGAAGGUAAACUUGAUGUUGACGCAGGAGUUCAGAAGCCUCAUCUUGAUGUUUCAGCACCAGAACUGUCAGUGGACCUCAAGGCUCCAAGUGCUGAGAUACAAGCACCAGCAAUUGAUGUGGAUAUUGAUUCAGCCGACCUCAAGAUCAAAACCCAUGGCAGUAAGUUCAAGUUGCCAUCCAUGAAAAUGCCUUCAUUUGGAGUUUCUCUUCCCAAAUUCAAAGGUCCAGAUAUGGAGGCGGACCUAAAGAAGCCAGACGUAGACGUUUCACUGACAAAGCCUGAAUUUGAUAUCAAGGGCAAAAUCCCUGAUGUUGGUGCUCCAGAGUGUGAUGUUGAUGUAGACAUACCAGAGUUGGAUAUUGAAGGAAAAGGAGGGAAAAGUAAACUUCCAAAAUUUAAAGGCCCAAAAUUUGGAAUUUCUGCACCUGAUAUAAAAGCCCCAAAAAUGAGCCUUGAUGUCAGCCUGCCCAAAGUUGACAUUUCCCUCCCAAAAGCUGAUGUAGAUGUGAAAUUACCAGAGGCAGAUAUAAAACAAGGCAAGUUGGAAGCUGGUCUGGGUGCUGGUGGCAUAAAUGUGGAGGCACCGGAAGCAAGUCUUACAAUGCCCAAGAUUGAAAAGCCAUCAGUAGACGUUACACUUCCAAAGCUGGAAGGUAAACUUGAUGUUGACGCAGGACUUCAGAAGCCUCAUCUUGAUGUUUCAGCACCAGAACUGUCAGUGGACCUCAAGGCUCGAAGUGCUGAGAUACAAGCACCAGCAAUUGAUGUGGAUAUUGAUUCAGCCGACCUCAAGAUGAAAACCCAUGGCAGUAAGUUCAAGUUGCCAUCCAUGAAAAUGCCUUCAUUUGGAGUUUCUCUUCCCAAAUUCAAAGGUCCAGAUAUGGAGGCGGACCUAAAGAAGCCAGACGUAGACGUUUCACUGACAAAGCCUGAAUUUGAUAUCAAGGGCAAAAUCCCUGAUGUUGGUGCUCCAGAGUGUGAUGUUGAUGUAGACAUACCAGAGUUGGAUAUUGAAGGAAAAGGAGGGAAAAGUAAACUUCCAAAAUUUAAAGGCCCAAAAUUUGGAAUUUCUGCACCUGAUAUAAAAGCCCCAAAAAUGAGCCUUGAUGUCAGCCUGCCCAAAGUUGACAUUUCCCUCCCAAAAGCUGAUGUAGAUGUGAAAUUACCAGAGGCAGAUAUAAAACAAGGCAAGUUGGAAGCUGGUCUGGGUGCUGGUGGCAUAAAUGUGGAGGCACCGGAAGCAAGUCUUACAAUGCCCAAGAUUGAAAAGCCAUCAGUGGACGUUACACUUCCAAAGCUGGAAGGUAAACUUGAUGUUGACGCAGGAGUUCAGAAGCCUCAUCUUGAUGUUUCAGCACCAGAACUGUCAGUGGACCUCAAGGCUCCAAGUGCUGAGAUACAAGCACCAGCAAUUGAUGUGGAUAUUGAUUCAGCCGACCUCAAGAUGAAAACCCAUGGCAGUAAGUUCAAGUUGCCAUCCAUGAAAAUGCCUUCAUUUGGAGUUUCUCUUCCCAAAUUCAAAGGUCCAGAUAUGGAGGCAGACCUAAAGAAGCCAGACGUAGACGUUUCACUGACAAAGCCUGAAUUUGAUAUCAAGGGCAAAAUCCCUGAUGUUGGUGCUCCAGAGUGUGAUGUUGAUGUAGACAUACCAGAGUUGGAUAUUGAAGGAAAAGGAGGGAAAAGUAAACUUCCAAAAUUUAAAGGCCCAAAAUUUGGAAUUUCUGCACCUGAUAUAAAAGCCCCAAAAAUGAGCCUUGAUGUCAGCCUGCCCAAAGUUGACAUUUCCCUCCCAAAAGCUGAUGUAGAUGUGAAAUUACCAGAGGCAGAUAUAAAACAAGGCAAGUUGGAAGCUGGUCUGGGUGCUGGUGGCAUAAAUGUGGAGGCACCGGAAGCAAGUCUUACAAUGCCCAAGAUUGAAAAGCCAUCAGUAGACGUUACACUUCCAAAGCUGGAAGGUAAACUUGAUGUUGACGCAGGAGUUCAGAAGCCUCAUCUUGAUGUUUCAGCACCAGAACUGUCAGUGGACCUCAAGGCUCCAAGUGCUGAGAUACAAGCACCAGCAAUUGAUGUGGAUAUUGAUUCAGCCGACCUCAAGAUCAAAACCCAUGGCAGUAAGUUCAAGUUGCCAUCCAUGAAAAUGCCUUCAUUUGGAGUUUCUCUUCCCAAAUUCAAAGGUCCAGAUAUGGAGGCGGACCUAAAGAAGCCAGACGUAGACGUUUCACUGACAAAGCCUGAAUUUGAUAUCAAGGGCAAAAUCCCUGAUGUUGGUGCUCCAGAGUGUGAUGUUGAUGUAGACAUACCAGAGUUGGAUAUUGAAGGAAAAGGAGGGAAAAGUAAACUUCCAAAAUUUAAAGGCCCAAAAUUUGGAAUUUCUGCACCUGAUAUAAAAGCCCCAAAAAUGAGCCUUGAUGUCAGCCUGCCCAAAGUUGACAUUUCCCUCCCAAAAGCUGAUGUAGAUGUGAAAUUACCAGAGGCAGAUAUAAAACAAGGCAAGUUGGAAGCUGGUCUGGGUGCUGGUGGCAUAAAUGUGGAGGCACCGGAAGCAAGUCUUACAAUGCCCAAGAUUGAAAAGCCAUCAGUAGACGUUACACUUCCAAAGCUGGAAGGUAAACUUGAUGUUGACGCAGGAGUUCAGAAGCCUCAUCUUGAUGUUUCAGCACCAGAACUGUCAGUGGACCUCAAGGCUCCAAGUGCUGAGAUACAAGCACCAGCAAUUGAUGUGGAUAUUGAUUCAGCCGACCUCAAGAUCAAAACCCAUGGCAGUAAGUUCAAGUUGCCAUCCAUGAAAAUGCCUUCAUUUGGAGUUUCUCUUCCCAAAUUCAAAGGUCCAGAUAUGGAGGCGGACCUAAAGAAGCCAGACGUAGACGUUUCACUGACAAAGCCUGAAUUUGAUAUCAAGGGCAAAAUCCCUGAUGUUGGUGCUCCAGAGUGUGAUGUUGAUGUAGACAUACCAGAGUUGGAUAUUGAAGGAAAAGGAGGGAAAAGUAAACUUCCAAAAUUUAAAGGCCCAAAAUUUGGAAUUUCUGCACCUGAUAUAAAAGCCCCAAAAAUGAGCCUUGAUGUCAGCCUGCCCAAAGUUGACAUUUCCCUCCCAAAAGCUGAUGUAGAUGUGAAAUUACCAGAGGCAGAUAUAAAACAAGGCAAGUUGGAAGCUGGUCUGGGUGCUGGUGGCAUAAAUGUGGAGGCACCGGAAGCAAGUCUUACAAUGCCCAAGAUUGAAAAGCCAUCAGUAGACGUUACACUUCCAAAGCUGGAAGGUAAACUUGAUGUUGACGCAGGACUUCAGAAGCCUCAUCUUGAUGUUUCAGCACCAGAACUGUCAGUGGACCUCAAGGCUCGAAGUGCUGAGAUACAAGCACCAGCAAUUGAUGUGGAUAUUGAUUCAGCCGACCUCAAGAUGAAAACCCAUGGCAGUAAGUUCAAGUUGCCAUCCAUGAAAAUGCCUUCAUUUGGAGUUUCUCUUCCCAAAUUCAAAGGUCCAGAUGUGGAGGCGGACCUAAAGAAGCCAGACGUAGACGUUUCACUGACAAAGCCUGAAUUUGAUAUCAAGGGCAAAAUCCCUGAUGUUGGUGCUCCAGAGUGUGAUGUUGAUGUAGAUCUACCAGAGGUUGAUAUUGAAGGAAAAGGAGGGAAAAGUAAACAUCCAAAAUUUAAAGGUCCAAAAUUUGGAAUUUCUGCACCUGAUAUAAAAGCCCCAAAAAUGAGCCUUGAUGUCAGCCUGCCCAAAGUUGACAUUUCCCUUCCAAAAGCUGAUGUAGAUGUGAAAUUACCAGAGGCAGAUAUAAAACAAGGCAAGUUGGAAGCUGGUCUGGGUGCUGGUGGCAUAAAUGUGGAGGGACCGGAAGCAAGUCUUACAAUGCCCAAGAUUGAAAAGCCAUCAGUAGACGUUACACUUCCAAAGCUGGAAGGUAAACUUGAUGUUGACGCAGGAGUUCAGAAGCCUCAUCUUGAUGUUUCAGCACCAGAACUGUCAGUGGACCUCAAGGCUCCAAGUGCUGAGAGACAAGCACCAGAAAUUGAUGUGGAUAUUGAUUCAGCCGACCUCAAGAUGAAAACCCAUGGCAGUAAGUUCAAGUUGCCAUCCAUGAAAAUGCCUUCAUUUGGAGUUUCUCUUCCCAAAUUCAAAGGUCCAGAUGUGGAGGCGGACCUAAAGAAGCCAGACGUAGACGUUUCACUGACAAAGCCUGAAUUUGAUAUCAAGGGCAAAAUCCCUGAUGUUGGUGCUCCAGAGUGUGAUGUUGAUGUAGACAUACCAGAGUUGGAUAUUGAAGGAAAAGGAGGGAAAAGUAAACUUCCAAAAUUUAAAGGCCCAAAAUUUGGAAUUUCUGCACCUGAUAUAAAAGCCCCAAAAAUGAGCCUUGAUGUCAGCCUGCCCAAAGUUGACAUUUCCCUCCCAAAAGCUGAUGUAGAUGUGAAAUUACCAGAGGCGGAUAUAAAACAAGGCAAGUUGGAAGCUGGUCUGGGUGCUGGUGGCAUAAAUGUGGAGGCACCGGAAGCAAGUCUUACAAUGCCCAAGAUUGAAAAGCCAUCAGUAGACGUUACACUUCCAAAGCUGGAAGGUAAACUUGAUGUUGACGCAGGACUUCAGAAGCCUCAUCUUGAUGUUUCAGCACCAGAACUGUCAGUGGACCUCAAGGCUCCAAGUGCUGAGAGACAAGCACCAGAAAUUGAUGUGGAUAUUGAUUCAGCCGACCUCAAGAUGAAAACCCAUGGCAGUAAGUUCAAGUUGCCAUCCAUGAAAAUGCCUUCAUUUGGAGUUUCUCUUCCCAAAUUCAAAGGUCCAGAUGUGGAGGCGGACCUAAAGAAGCCAGACGUAGACGUUUCACUGACAAAGCCUGAAUUUGAUAUCAAGGGCAAAAUCCCUGAUGUUGGUGCUCCAGAGUGUGAUGUUGAUGUAGACAUACCAGAGUUGGAUAUUGAAGGAAAAGGAGAGAAAAGUAAACUUCCAAAAUUUAAAGGCCCAAAAUUUGGAAUUUCUGCACCUGAUAUAAUAGCCCCAAAAAUGAGCCUUGAUGUCAGCCUGCCCAAAGUUGACAUUUCCCUCCCAAAAGCUGAUGUAGAUGUGAAAUUACCAGAGGCAGAUAUAAAACAAGGCAAGUUGGAAGCUGGUCUGGGUGCUGGUGGCAUAAAUGUGGAGGCACCGGAAGCAAGUCUUACAAUGCCCAAGAUUGAAAAGCCAUCAGUAGACGUUACACUUCCAAAGCUGGAAGGUAAACUUGAUGUUGACGCAGGACUUCAGAAGCCUCAUCUUGAUGUUUCAGCACCAGAACUGUCAGUGGACCUCAAGGCUUCAAGUGCUGAGAUACAAGCACCAGCAAUUGAUGUGGAUAUUGAUUCAGCCGACCUCAAGAUGAAAACCCAUGGCAGUAAGUUCAAGUUGCCAUCCAUGAAAAUGCCUUCAUUUGGAGUUUCUCUUCCCAAAUUCAAAGGUCCAGAUGUGGAGGCGGACCUAAAGAAGCCAGACGUAGACGUUUCACUGACAAAGCCUGAAUUUGAUAUCAAGGGCAAAAUCCCUGAUGUUGGUGCUCCAGAGUGUGAUGUUGAUGUAGACAUACCAGAGUUGGAUAUUGAUGGAAAAGGAGCGAAAAUUAAACUUCCAAAAUUGAAAGGCCCAAAAUUUGGAAUUUCUGCACCUGAUAUAAAAGCUCCAAAAAUGAGCCUCGAUGUCAGGCUGCCCGACGCUGACAUUUCAUUCCCAAAAGCUGAUGCAGAUGUCAAAUUACCAGAAGCAGAUAGAAAGCCAGGCAUGUUAAAAGCUGAUCUGGGUGCCGGAAGUAUAAGUGUGGAGGGUCUGGAAGCAAGUCUUACAAUGCCCAAGAUUGAAAAGCCAUCAGUAGACGUUACACUUCCAAAGCUGGAAGGUAAACUUGAUGUUGACGCAGGAUUGAAAAGCCAUGGCAAUAAGUUCAAAAUGCCGUCCAUGAAAAUGCCGUCAUUUGGAGUUUCUCUUCCCAAAUUCAAAGCACCAGAUGUGGAUGCGGACAUAAAGAAGCCAGACGUAGAUAUUUCACUGACAAAGCCUGAAUUUGAUAUCAAGGGCAAAAUCCCUGAUGUUGGUGAUCCAGAGUGUGAAGUUGAUGUAGACACACCAGAGGUGGAUAUUGAAGGAAAAGGAGGGAAAAGUAAACUUCCAAAAUUUCCAGGCCAAAAAUUUGGAGUUUCUGCACCUGAUAUAAAAGCCCCAAAAAUGAGCCUUGAUGUCAGCCUGCCCAAAGUUGACAUUUCCCUCCCAAAAGCCGAUGUAGAUAUGAAAUUACCAGAAGCAGAUAUAAAACAAGGCAAGUUGGAAGCUGGUCUGGGUGCUGGUGGCAUAAAUGUGGAGGGACCGGAAGCAAGUCUUACAAUGCCCAAGAUUGAAAAGCCAUCAGUAGACGUUACACUUCCAAAGCUGGAAGGUAAACUUGAUGUUGACGCAGGAGUGCAGAAGACUCAUCUUGAUGUUUCAGCACCAGAACUGUCAGUGGACCUCAAGACUCCAAGUGCUGAGAUACAAGCACCAGCAAUUGAUGUGGAUAUUGAUUCAGCUGACCUCAAGAUGAAAACCCAUGGCAGUAAGUUCAAAAUGCCGUCCAUGAAAAUGCCUUCAUUUGGAGUUUCUCUUCCCAAAUUCAAAGGUCCAGAUGUGGAGGCGGACCUAAAGAAGCCAGACGUAGACGUUUCACUGACAAAGCCUGAAUUUGAUAUCAAGGGCAAAAUCCCUGAUGUUGGUGCUCCAGUGUGUGAAGUUGAUGUAGACAUACCAGAGGUGGUUAUUGAAGGAAAAGGAGGGAAAAGUAAACUUCCAAAAUUUAAAGGCCCAAAAUUUGGAAUUUCUGCACCUGAUAUAAAAGCCCCAAAAAUGAACCUCGAUGUUAGCCUGCCCGAAUCUGACAUUUCAUUCCCAAAAGCUGAUGCAGAUGUCAAAUUACCAGAAGCAGAUAUAAAACAAGGCCAGUUGGAAACUGGUCUGGGUGCUGGUGGCAUUAAUGUGGAGGGACCGGAAGCAAGUCUUACAAUGCCCAAGAUUGAAAAGUCAUCACUAGACAUUACACUUCCAAAGAUGGAAGGUAAACUUGAUGUUGACGCAGGAGUGCAGAAGCCUCAUCUUGAUGUUUCAGCACCAGAACUGUCAGUGGACCUCAAGGCCCCAAGUGCUGAGAUACAAGCACCAGCAAUUGAUGUGGAUAUUAACUCAGCCGACCUCAGGAUGAAAAUCCACGGCAGUAAGUUCAAAAUGCCGUCCAUGAAAAUGCCUUCAUUUGGAGUUUCUCUUCCCAAAUUCAAAGGUCCAGAUGUGGAUGCAGACCUGAAGAAGCCAGACGUAGACGUUUCACUGACAAAGCCUGAACUGGAUAUUGAGGGCAAAAUGUCUGAUGUUGUUGCUCCAGAGUGUGAUGUUGAUUUAGACACACCAGAAAUCGAUAUUGAAGGAAAAGGAGUGAAAAUUAAACUUCCAAAAUUUAAAGGCCCAAAAUUUGGAAUUUCUGCACCUGAUAUAAAAGCUCCAAAAAUGAGCCUCGAUGUCAGGCUGCCCGAAGCUGACAUUUCCCUCCCAAAAGCUGAUGCAGAUGUCAAAUUAACAGAAGCAGAUAGAAAGCCAGGCAUGUUAAAAGCUGAUCUGGGUGCCGGAAGUAUAAGUGUGGAGGGUACAGAAGCAAGUCUUAAAAUGCCCAAAAUUGAAAAGUCAUCAGUAGACAUUACACUUCCAAAGAUGGAAGGUAACCUUGAUGUUGACACAGGAGUGCAGAAGCCUAAUCUUGAUGUUUCAGCACCAGAACUGUCAGUGGACCUCAAGGCUCCAAGUGCUGAGAUACAAGCACCAGCAAUUGAUGUGGAUAUUGACUCAGCCGACCUCAAGAUGAAAAGCCAUGGCAGUAAGUUCAAAAUGCCGUCCAUGAAAAUGCCAUCAUUUGGAGUUUCUCUUCCCAAAUUCAAAGGUCCAGAUGUGGAUGCGGACGUAAAGAAGCCAGACGUAGACAUUUCACUGACAAAGCCUGAAUUUGAUAUCAAGGGCAAAAUCCCUGAUGUUGGUGCUCCAGAGUGUGAAGUUGAGGCAAACAUACCAGAGGUGAAUAUUCAAGGAAAAGGAGGGAAAAGUAAACUUCCAAAAUUUAAAGGCCCAAAAUUUAGAAUUUCUGCACCUGAUAUGAAAGCCCCAAAAAUGAGCCUUGAUGUCAGCCUGCCCAAAAUUGACAUUUCCCUCCCAAAAGCUGAUGUAGAUAUGAAAUUACCAGAAGCAGAUAUAAAACAAGGCAAGUUGGAAGCUGGUCUGGGUGCUGGUGGCAUAAAUGUGGAGGGACCGGAAGCAAGGCUUACAAUGCCCAAGAUUGAAAAACCGUCAGUAGACGUUACACUUCCAACGCUGGAAGGUAAACUUCAUGUUGAUGCAGGAGUGCAGAAGCCUCAUCUUGAUGUUUCAGCACCUGAACUGUCAGUGGACCUCAAGGCUCCAAGUGCUGAGUUGCAAGCACCAGCAACUGAUGUGGAUAUUGACUCAGCCGACCUCAAGAUGAAAAGCCAUGGCAGUAAGUUCAAGUUACCGUCCAUAAAAAUGCCUUCACUUAGAGUUUCUCUUCCCAAAUUCAAAGGUCCAGAUGUGGAUGCAGACCUGAAGAAGCCAGACGUAGACAUUUCACUGACAAAGCCUGAGCUGGAUAUUAAGGGUAAAAUGUCUGAUGUAGGUGUUCCAGAGUGUGAAGUUGAUGUUGACAUACCAGAGGUGGAUAUUGAAGGAAAAGGAGGGAAAAGUAAACUUCCAAAAUUUAAAGGCCCAAAAUUUGGAAUUUCUGCACCUGAUAUAAAAGCCCCAAAAAUGAGCCAUGAUGUCAGCCUGCCCAAAGUUGACAUUUCCCUCCCAGAAGCUGAAGUAGAUGUGAAAUUACCAGAGGCAGAUAUAAAACAGGGCAAGUUGGAAGCUGAUCUGGGAGCUGGGGGCAUAAAUGUGGAGGGUCCGGAAGCAAGUCUUAAAAUGCCCAAGAUUGAAAAGCCAUCAGUAGACGUUACACUUCCAAAGCUGGAAGGUAAACUUGAUAUUGACGCAGGAGUGCAGAAGCCUCAACUUCAUGUUUCAGUACCAGAACUGUCAGUGGACCUCAAGGCUCCAAGUGCUGAGAUACAAGCACCAGCAAUUGAUGUUGAUACUGACCCAGCCGACCUCAAGAUGAAAAGCCAAGGCAGGAAAUUCAAGAUGCCGUCCAUGAAAAUGCCUUCAUUUGGAGUUUCUCUUCCCAAAUUCAAAGGUCCAGAUGUGGAUGCAGACCUGAAGAUGCCAGACAUAGACAUUUCACUGACAAAGCCUGAAUUUGAUAUCAAGGGCAAAGUCCCUCACGUUGUUGCUCCAGAGUGUGACAUUGAUGUAGACACACCAGAAAUGGAUAUUGAAGGAAAAGGAGAGAAAAUUAAACUUCCAAAAUUUAAAGGCCCAAAAUUUGGAAUUUCUGCACUUGAUAUAAAAGCUCCAAAAAUGAGCCGCGAUGUCAGCCUGCCGAAUGUUGACAUUUCCAUCCCAAAAUCUGAUGUUGAUGUGGAAUUACCAGAGGCAGAUAUAAAACAAGGCAAGUUGGAAGCGGAUCUGGGUGCUGGUGGCAUAAAUGUGGAGGGUCCCGAAGCAAGUUUUACAACGCCCAAGAUUGAAAAACCAUCAGUCGACGUUACACUUCCAAAGCUGGAAGGUAAACUUGAUGUUGACGCAGGAGUGCAGAAGCCUUAUCUUGAUGUUUCAGCACCAGAACUGUCAGUGGACCUCAAGGCUCCAAGUGCUGAGAUCCACACACCAGCAAUAGAUUUUGAUUCUGCCGACCUGAAGGUGAAAAGCCAGGGCAGUAAGUUCAAAAUGCCAUCCAUGAAAAUGCCAUCAUUUGGAUUCGCUCUGCCAAAAUUCAGAGGUCCAGAUUUGGCUGCAGGAAUGAAGAAGCCAGAUAGCAAUAUUCCAAAGCCUGAACUGGAAGUAAAGGGUAACGUCCUUGAUGUGGUGUCUCCCGAUUGUGAACUAGAUGUAGGGACACUGGACAUGGAUACUGAAGGGAAAGGAGGGAAAAUAAAAGUUCUUGAAGGGCCAAAAGUUGGAAUUUCUGCCUCUGAUACAGCAGCUCCUGUUGCCAGUUUAGAAAAGCCAUCAACUGACAUUCCACCAAUGAAGGUGAAAGGUAAGUGUGAUGUUGAUGCAGGAGUGUUGAAGUCUGAACUUGAUGUUUCACCUCCUGAUCUCUCAGUGGAUAUCAAGGCUCUGGAGACUGAUAUCAAUGCACCAACAAUAGAUGUGGAUAUUGACUCAUCAGAUCUGAAGAUGAAAAUCCCUGGUGUUAUGUCGAAAACGCCAUCUGUGAAAAUGCCAUCAUUUGGACUUUCCAUUCCUAUAUUCAAAGGUCCUGGAGUGGAUGAGAGGUUAAGUAAGCCAAAUGUGGACAAUUCACUUGCGAAACCUGACUUGAAGGUUGAAGUUGGAGAUGUCGAUAUAGGGGCUCCAGAAUGUGAUGUCAAAUCACCAGACAUGGACAUUGAAGGAAAAAUAAAAAUUCCCAAAAUUAAAAAGGCAAAAUUUGGAUUGUCUGCACCUGUCACUGAAGGUCCAAGUAUGAACCUUGAUGUCAACCUGCCCAAAGUUGACAUUUCUGUUCCAAAAUCUGAUGAAUCUGUGAAAACAAAUCUUCCACUUCCAAAAGUAAAAGGCAAUCUUGAUGUUGAUGAAGGCCUGUCUGAGCCCAAACUUGAUGUUUCAGCUUCUGAACUCUCAGUGGAAAUCAACGCUCCAGAGUCUGGCAUGCACACACCAACAAUUGAUAUAGAUGUUGAUUCAGCAAACCUGCAAGUGAGUGGAGAUCAUCAUUUGAAAAUGCCAGAGGUGAAAGUGUCAGCAUUUGGAGUUUCUAAAUUUACAUUUCCAGAUGUGGACUUUGGCUUUACAACAUCAAAGAAAGGUGUUUCACUCUCACAAGACUCUGAUGCUGCCAAGGUUGUGCCUGAAGAACCAGGUCCUUCAGUUCAGGAAAAGGUGACUGAAGAUGUGAAUAAAACUAUUCCUGAACUGUCCCUGACAGAUGCUGAAUUAAAAAUAAAAGAUAGUUCCAUAUCAAAAGAAAGAACAAGUUGGUUUAAAUUUCCAAAAAUUAGCUUUUCAUCACCAUGGAAAAAAGAGCAAAAUACUAAUGGAGAGAAACAAGCUUCACAUGAAGUUACAGUGCUUGGUGCUGAACCAGAUAAACUUGGUCUCAAAACUACUGAAGUGACAACUCAUGGUCAUCAGUCUACAAAUGAAGCAGCAGUUGGUGAAGGUGUUGAAAAUAUAGCUGCAGCUGAUGACACUGGUCAAAUGGUAACUAAGUGCAAAAAUGUUGAUGUCAUAACAACAGAUGUGUCUGUGAAAAAGUCCAGCCAAGUAGUAACAUCAACUGCCAGAACUGAGCUUGCUUUGCUGGAAUCAGGUGAUUUCACAAUGAAUGUAAAGUCAUCCAAGACAAGAAAAAUGCCAUUGCCUGAAAGUUCUCAUCAAAGCCAAGAUCGAACCUCUGAAAUGUCAACUGGAAUUCUUCAAGCUACUUUGACUGAAACUAAAGUAACAAAAACAUUCAAUGAACAACAAAGUAUAGAGAAGCCAAGAAUUCUUCAAGCUCCCAACCUAUCAGUACACUCACAUUCUGAAAAUUCAUCACAAUCAUAUCCUAAAGAACAUUCCACAAAUAUCACUAAGGAAUAUAGCAUUCAAGAACAUGCUGCCAGUGAGCCUUCUGGACAAGGGAACUCUACAAAAGAACAUUCUUCAUUCCUGCCUGAUUUCCAUUUACCUAAAUCAGAAUAUACUGAAUCUGUUGAAGGCCAUUCCUUCUCUAGGAAUUAUACCAAAACUGAAGGAACUGUAGUUAUCUUAACUGAGAAUCCCAAAAUACAAGAAGACACAGUUCCAGAAGCAGCAACUACUGAAGAUUCAUCUGCUGUUUUCCAAAGAAAGAAGGAAAAAAAAUCAGAGUGAACAAAAGCAGUUAUACGAAACAUCCCAAGCUGCUUCAGUUGCCAUCUCUGUAUCUGGAUCUGAGACACACAGGUUAACGAGACUGUAACUAAGGAGUAAGAUAUGUAUUUACGGUUUUGUUUAUAAUUGUGGUAUGACGCUUUUACAGUGUACUCAUCUGCUGUUUUCUGCAUUUAAUCAAAUAUUAACUUGAUUAUUAUAUGCAAAAUAUAUGUUCUACAGAACAAUAAGGAUAUUGCACACAGCAUUCAUUGCUAAAAGUCACAUGCUCACAUUAUAAUAGAACUUACUUUAAGAUCCGAAUUUAAAUAUAGCUGACCAGUAAAUUGUACAUUAUUUUACACAUUUAUGUAUAAGUUGCUCCAAACUUAUUUUGACUGAAAUAUAAAGCUUCCUGCUUCCAAAGCUUCAUUUAGCAACACAUAUCAGUCCGUUUUCUUUUUUUUUGACUUAACAUUAUAUGACCCUUUUAGAACAGUCACCUGCACAGUCAGUUUCAAGAAUAUCUAAGUGCUAGCAAAGGAGAUAUCUUCUCAUGAACAUUUAUACAUGUAGCUUCCCAGACUAAAAUAACUAAUGUAAUUAUAAAAAAGGUUUGAUACCAGUAAGAUUUAAUCAGAAAAAUAGAAAAUCCACAAUCAAUCCCUCAUAAUAGACAAAAUGAAAUUGAAUUAUCUUUCUAAACAAAAAAUACAAAGAAAUAUGAAGCACUGACCUCGAUAAUACAAUAAGCCAUGCAGAUAAAAAUGAUAAUAAAAGAUUGGUGACAGUGUUCACAAUUAGAAUGUCUUUUAUAAAUCUUUUAUAACUAAGGCAACAUAUAUCAAACAUCUUCAAAUACAGAGUAAAGUUCAUUUAAAUCACUUUGCAUCAGCAAUUAGAAACAUACAUCACAGUGCACCAGUAUUCUGUUUUUUAUUUCUCAUCUUAGUCCAGAUUAGGCCUGUCUGAGGGACGUUAACAAUUCAAAUCAAUUUAGGAGUAAUUUUGUAAAUAUUUUCAUCCCACUGGUAUUGAGUCUAUGUUUCUGUCAUAAAAGACCAGUGCCUAAUCCACUACACCACCCAGCUUUCCACAAUAAUUCUCAAAUGUUUAUAUUGGAUUUCACUCAUUGAUCUAGCACUUGUAUUAAUUAGCAUCACAAACUAUUUCUAAAGUAUGCAUAUGAAUAAUAUCCAAUCAAUAAAAAUGUCUGAAAGAAUUUAUUUUCCAAGUGUUUAAUGUCAACAUAUCAGUGGAGCUUAGUGGAUAGAAAGCCAAUUUGUUCUUGUACUGAAAAUCCUAGAUAUGUUUUAAGAUAUGUGUGAAUAUUUUUGUUGUAAAUAUAAUUAACUGAAAUUUGUAUUCUGAAACAGCUGCUGACUUAUGCCAUGAUUACUCCAAGGUAUUAUUCAUUUCAAAUAGUAAUUUUACUUGUUAGGUUAGCUUAUAAUUAAUGCAUCUGCUAACUUUGU